AUGACAAGCCAACCUGCCAAAACUCCGCUUCAGAAGACCAUUACAGGCCCGACUGCCGACCAUCAGCUUCAAGAAUUCAUACCAUUAAUGAUCCAGCACCCUUAUUCCGCCAUCCUUAAUACGGUCCCAAAUGAGUUACAAUAUUUGCUGAAACAUCCUGAUGUUGAUUACAACUCUCGUAAAACUACUAUUGGUAAUUUGCGAUCAAUGAUGGUGUGGUUCAACUUCAAAGUCGAACUUCCUUCACAUGCACGCAAAGCCAAGAUCGUGGAUUAUUACCUAAAACAAUUCCUACCCGAGCUUCUCAAGGUUCUUCCCCCCGUUCAGGACAGACCAUCGAACGCUGCUACCAACGAUGACCGUGCAACUGCCGGAGGCGAUACUAGAAUGGGAGAUGCUACGGCUACGUACAUCAACCCGAAUGCAAAGACUUCCACCAAGAGCGUCCUUUUCGACUUGAUACUCCCACGCAUGAAACCCCAAAUGAUUCUACCAACGUUUUGUAGACCGGAUAUGAUCAAACUAUUUUAUAAGUUUGUUGACACAACAUUAAACAAGCCAGCGCCUACUUCAAACCCAGAAUUUGUACGUCGACCCCGUGUGGAGAAACUCGAGGACUUGGUGGGGUCAGAUUGCGACAUGAUUCGACACGCGAUACAGUGUUAUGCUCCGAAUGUUUUCAUCCCGAUGGGAAUGUGCGACGUCCCUAUCCUGUUAAAACUCUACGCGUUAUUUGUCCAAGGCAACGACAAUGCGGCCAACGAUCUGUGUGAAGGUGUCCAUUACCAUGUAAUUGAUCCUAAUCAGCUUAAGCCUUUCGAGGACACUGUAGCUUACUGA